UAAACGUUGGGAAGAGAUAUGUCCUGUCUCUUUACUGGGCUACUGCAACUGCUACUUCCACGGGUUACGGAGAUCUGCACGCCGCAACCAUAGGCGAGAAAUGGUUUUCCAUAUUUGCUAUGCUUACUGGAAUUGGAUUAUUCUUUGGAUUUAUUUUGGGUGGAAUGGCUUCCAUGUUAACUAACCUGGAUUCACGGCGAAUGAGAUACACACAUCACUUUGAAGUCAUCAAAGAUCACAUGAGAGACAUGAAGAUUUCGUCUGACAUACGGUCUAGAGUUCUUGCCUACUACGCGUAUCUGUGGACACAUAAUAGAGGCGAAAAUGGAGACGGAAUGUUUAGUGACCUACCGCUGACCUUCCAAGCUGAGUUGUCUCUUAGUAUCAACAAAAAGGUUUUGGAGAAGGCUCCACUGUUUAGAGGUCUCAACCCUGGAUUUCGGCGCAUGCUCUCACUGGUGAUACGACCAGUAUUUUACAUGCCAAACCAAAUCAUAGCCAACAAAGGAGACAUUGGACAUCAUAUGUUUUACAUACACCGAGGCCGGGCAGAAAUUCUUUGUGAAAACGAAAAUGAAGUUCUGGUGACUCUUAAGGAGGGAAAGCUUUUUGGUGAAGUGAGUAUGGUGUACAAUCUCCCGAGGGCUACCUCAGUUCGUGCCGCUUCUCCGUGUGUAGUCCUCCUUCUUGACAGAGUUGAUCUCAACAGAGUGCUUAGACAUUAUCCCGCCGUGGCGGAGCAAUUGUAUUUGACCCUCGAACAUCGAUGUGAUCUGAACAAUAUUGGAACACUGGGCAUGGAGGCAGGAAGCAACAAAGACGAAUUUUUGGAAAUGGAAAACGAAAAAGCUGAGGCCUGGCUACGGCAAAUGGCGGACUUUAAAGAGGAUACAUCCAGUAAAGAAAGCCUUUUAACGAGGUUUUCUCGCCACGUCAUCAUGCCCGAUUCCUGGUUCGCGGUGAUCUGGGAGCGACUUCUUGUGUCUGUGCUCCUGUUCAUCUGUUUCGUGUACACCUUCGUUGCUUCGUUUUCAAUCAGCUUGCAUGCUCUCGGUUACGGAGAAGGUAUCGGAAGUAAAGCGUUGAUGAGUUUUACCUACUUACUGGACGCUGUUUUGGUAGCUGAUUUUAUAAUGAGAUUUAACAUGGCUUCUGGGACCACUACAGAAAUUGAAGAUAUAAGAAAGUCUUACAGAAGAAGUCUGUUAUUUUGGAUCGAUUUACUUGCUAUUCUUCCCAUUGAGAUCUUCGCCCUUUCCCAAGACGAUCAUCACAAGAUUUGGCAUUCUUUGGCAUUCCUACGGCUGAAUCGGCUCAUUAAAGCUGUAAGGAUUCCGCGUUUCUUCAGUAACCUGGAGAAUAAUCUCCAUUACAAUAUUGGUAAAGUGCGAGCCGUGAAGUUUACAAUCUAUAUUAUCUUAAUCACUCAUAUUAGUGCCUGUGUGUGGUUCCUUGGCGCCUGCUUCAGAGAAACAUGUACAGAGGGGAGCUGGGCCCAACACACCGGAAAUACCCACAGAAUAGCUGGCUUUGGUGACUACAUCUCUAGUCUCUACUGGGCAGCAGCUACCAUGUCGUCAACGGGUUACGGUGAUAUCCACGCCCACAAUAUGGAAAGUCAGCUGAUUGCUACAGUGGUCAUGCUCACUGGUCUCUUGCUUUAUGGAUACUGCCUUAGUAGCAUUGCUGCCACUCUCGCCAAUUCAGCGGCUCCAAAAGUGGAAUUCUUCGCACGGAUGACAGCCACGCAAGAAUUUAUGGCAGAGCAAAAUCUUAGCCGCCACCUCAUGGAGAGAACUGAAACUUAUCUGGCGAUGCUAUGGAGAGUGCACAGGGGUGAGGCAACACCUGGAGGAAGGCGUUUAAUUGAGGAUAUGCCUUUAUCACUCCAAAUGGACGUUACUUAUGAAGAGACAAAAGACUAUUUGGAAAAGGUCCCGAUAUUCAUGGAAACGGACGCCAUCUUUUUGCGAGAACUAUCGCUGAAAGUAACCUCAUAUCUAUUUUCCCCAGGCGACUACAUUGUAUACGCGGGUGAUAUGGGUAGAGAGAUGUACUGCGUCAGACGUGGUCUAGUUGAGGUCAUCGCAGAUGAUGACAAGGGCACCGGUGAAGCCACUGUAGUCGCUACUUUGGGACCUGGGGCCUACUUUGGCGAGAUUGGACUUAUCUUCGGCGAGAAUCGCUUGGCUACUGUAAAGGCAAAAACGUUUUGUGAGAUUUUGAUGCUGACUAAACCAGAUCUUGAUGAGGUGUUGGUGCGUUUUCCUAUUGUGGCAAGGCAAAUCUAUGACGCUGGAGUAAACAGUGACCAUGUUAAAGACGUUCGUCAAGCAGCUUUUGAAUCCACCAAGGCUGCCGUCAGACGCUUGUCUAUGAAAUGUGCCAAUCAAGAAAGAUCAUCAGUCAUGUCUAAAAGCCAAACGUCCAAAAAGAAGAAAGAAGGGCGCGUGUCGCCAGAGUUGAGUGCUAUGCGGACAGGUUUUAUGUCUGUGACCAAUGAAAGUAAAGAGGAUGUCAACAAACCAUAUAAUGACCUUCAUCCUAUCUUUUGGCUUUUUUCGCGGCUCCUAAUGAGACAUUCCAUCUCGCCGGACAGCCAUUACUUUGUCAUGUGGCAGGGAUUGUCUCUUGUCAUUGCAGGGAUUUUUACCUUCACACUCACGUUACAGGCGGCUUUCUUGCAUACUGCUACCAGUUUAUGGAUCGUAAAUUACUGCUUUGAUUUCCUGUGCUUGGUAGACAUGUAUAUUAAAUUUCACUUGGCGUUUUACAACGAGAACAACGUCCUUGUCACACAUCCGAUUUAUACUGCUCGUAAUUACCUCAGGAGAAAUUUUCCACUGGAUCUUCUCUGUUCCUUUCCCACUGACAUUAUCGUGUUGGCCAUUUGGCCAGUAAGUCUCGGCGUUCUUCGUAUCCUGGCCUUGGCUCGUCUAAACAGAUGCCUCUACAUGUACAAAACGCUACAGUUUUUCCACUUCAUGACGAAUUCAAUCGGGAAAAAUAUAAACCUAUUGGGGCAGCUCAAGGUUGCUCUGUACAUGGCAACUUUCACUCACUGUAUAGCUUGUGGUUGGUUUCUGCUCGCUUGUAAAGGACUUGAAAACGGAGAUCAUUCCUGCGCAGCAGAUUCUUGGGUAGAGCAAGGGAAUCGAACAUUAGCAACCAAUAGCUUUGGAGAACAGUAUAUAACCAGUCUUUACUGGGCAGCGGCUACCUCAGCCUCGGUUGGUUAUGGUGACAUCCAUGCAUAUAACACGACAGAGAUGACUUUUGCUUUGUUCUGCAUGAUCAUUGGUAUUGUAUUCUAUGGUUACAUCAUCGCCAGUGUUGCUGCUAGCCUGGCUAACGCUGACGCACAGCGGGCUCGAUACCAAGAAAGACUUGAUGCCAUCAAAACAUUUCUGGAGGAACAAGAGAUAUCUGAAAAACUAACAACCCGUGUUAUAAGCUAUUAUGAAUAUCUCUGGCUGAGAAACAAAGGAGUCGACGUCAGUUCUUUGUUUGAAGGUCUGCCGCUGGCCCUGCAAGCCGACAUCUCCGUUAGCCUGUACAAAGAUAUGAUUGAAAGGGUACCGUUAUUCGAGGGAACAGAGAUCGGUUUCUUGAAGAUGCUCUCCAUGAAAAUGAAGCCAGUUUACUUUCUUGCCAAAGAGUAUAUCGUACGAAAGGGUGAUAUUGGUCAGGAGAUGUAUUUUAUCCACCGAGGCACUGUAGAAGUGGUAUCUGAGCACGAUGAACCGAUUGUAUUUGAUACCAUGGGCGAAGGAAGAUUUUUUGGGGAGAUCAGCGUUGUAUUUAGUUGCCCCAGAACUGCUUCUAUCAGGACGCAGAAAAAUUCCGACGUGUUUGUGUUGACAAAAAAGGACCUGGACGAAGUACUCAGCCACUAUCCACAGAUACGUAAGAAAAUCUUGGAGACAGCGGAGGAAAGGCAGAGAAUGGUAGCUGAGCGAGCAAAGGCUUUUGCCAAGAAAAAGGAAGAAGAUAAGAAACGAGAAGAGGAAAACAAGCUCAAGGAACAAGAAGAGGGUCACAAUGACCAGGCUUCCCUGACACUCCAGAUUGAGGAACCUGCAGAGCCUACACCAACAACUGGACAGCGGAUUCUCACUAAUUUAUGGAAUUUCAAAGCCCGUUUGACAGAACUUUUUGUCCACUUUGUAAUCUUACCCAACAGCAAGUGGAGGCUCAUCAAAUAUGUCAACUGCGUGUUUGUGUUUGCUACAACACUAACCAUUACCUACAUGGCUGCUUUUCAAGAUCAUCCCUGGUAUCUGAUUACAUUUAACUACUUAUGUGAGUUUUCGUUUUACGCCGAGAUAUAUCUCAAUUUCAACAUGGCAUACACCAAUAACAUCGGAGAAGUGAUUUCUGAUGGAAGAACACUGCUUAUCAACUACGCAAAGGGAAAGCUACCGCUAGACUCUCUGGCUUCAUUUCCGAUCGAUAUUUUCGCCUUGGCUGCCCCCGCGGACGAACAGCUGUUUGUAUUGUCGUAUCUGAGGCUUCUUCACUUGAUUCGCGUGGUUCGAAUGCAACAAUUUUUCUCCGAGUUGGCGCAGAGGUUGAAUAUUGACGUUUUCAGAGUGCGCAUGACUAAAUUCGUCUUCCAGCUGGUCAUAGUGAUUCAUGUAUUUGCAUGCGCUUGGUAUGGUCUGGCCUGUCCGCUCAAUGAUUGCUCAACUGAGGAAAACUGGAUUAAACUUGAAGAUCUUCUAGACGCGCCUGCUCUUUCUCGUUACUGUACAGCGGUAUACUGGGUUGUAGCCACUAUGACAUCCACGGGUUAUGGAGACAUUCAUGGUGAUAGCUCUUCUGAAAUGGCUCUGGCAAGUUUUGUUAUGAUUUUUGGAAAGCUUCUUUUUGGUUUUAUCCUUGGAAACAUUGCUUCUACUUUGGCUAACGCUGAGAUUAGACGAGUCAAGUACGAAGAGAAACUGGAUGCUAUUCAGGCGCAUAUGUCAGACCAAGACAUCCCAGAAGCUUUACAGAAUCGAGUAAUGGACUUUUAUGAGUUUAUCUGGAACAAAAACAAGGGAAUUGAUCACGGUACACUGUUCUAUGACAUGCCUCUUUGCAUGAAUGGUGAAUUGUGUCUGGGCAUCGUUAAGGAUAUUCUUUAUGCGGUUCCUUUCUUAGAAAAUACUGAACUACCUUUCAUCCGGUUGUUGAGUACCAAAGUCAAGCCUGCGAAUUUCCACGCAAGUGAAUACAUCGUUCGGAAGGGUGAUAUUGGACAGGAAAUGUUCAUUAUUCGAAAGGGACUGGUGGAGGUUGUCACCGAGGAAGACCCACCAGAGGUCAUUGAAACCUUGGAGAAAGGCGACUAUUUCGGAGAAAUGUUCCUGAUUCACGCCUGUCCCCAAAAAAUGUCUCUACGUGCAGUAACUCAUGUGGACAUGCUCCUUCUCAGCAAAGAAGAUCUGGAUGCCCUGCUAGUUCAUGACCUCCAUGUUGCAAAGCAGGUCAGCGAAGUAGCAGAGAGGCUAUAUCCUAAUCCAAGUAAAACCAAAUGAUGUGCAUACUUGAGUGCGACUAUCAAUCCUCACUCGUUCAUUAUUUUUCAUCACUACAAUGAUAUUCGGAAAAAAAAACUCUUUCAAAACCGUUUUUGAUAGUGGUU